AUGUCUUAUCAUAAAGCGCCGCAGGGCCCUUCCUCUCCGGACAAUGAUCAAGACCGGUCGUGGAUCUCCCCCGUGUCGUCGACAAUGAACUUUGACGACCUUGGGGACGGGCCACACCUCUUGUCCAAUCUCUCAUUCAAUCGGGGUGGCCCGGAAGGUACGCGCGAGAGCGAACCCUAUGGGCGGCAACACGAGGUUCCAUGCAAAGACACGGACCCCGACAUUGCCCCAUCCCCCAACUCUAGCCCUCACCAUGGCAAAUUCAAUCUCCAAGACUCAUAUCACAAUAAUCCACUCGGUCUUUCUCACCAGAACAACCAAUCCAACAUUCGUCGCCUACCAGUUGUUGUGGACGCAGAAUCUGCUACAAACAGACCGUCGGUUUCGGACUUGACGCAGAUGGGAACAAUGAGCGGGAUGGCAUCACCAGAUGAAACUUUGGUGGGGGGAUACUCGCCCCAGAGCGUCUCUCGCUGGGGACGUUUCUGGAGAUCCAGUUACAAGAGCCUCGGUCACAAGAAGAGUAGCCGCGAUUGUCUGACAACGGACAUGCAACCAAUAGAUGGAGCUACAUGUCCUGUACGAGCCGAAGAGACUGCCUGCGAGAGUGAUUCAUACUCUCCAUAUUCAGGUUGCGGUAAGCUGCCUAUACCAGAGAUACUUCGAUUGAUGCUGACCAUUAUUCAAGAUAACGGCCUAGGGCGUUGCUCUUCACGAAAAGAUGUCGAGAAGCGACGCUUUUCAGCACCUGUCAUCGCUGCCUUCAUCUUCUCGUUGCUUUCGACUGGUCUGAGUGUCCUUUGGCUCUACCUGUCCAUUAAACAGCCGCGAUAUGGUCAACAUGUAUCUUCAGAUGGAAAGCUGAGCCCAUCGACAGCGACUCUGCUGGCCGCGUUUCUUUCCAAGACGAUCGAAUUGACUUUUGCCGCGAGCUAUAUCACCGUUCUUGGCCAGACUCUCACACGAAGGGCCAUUUCUCAAAGGUCGGGAGGCAUGACAUUGACAGAUAUGUCGAUGCGGAGCUGGGUUAUUCAACCUGGAUCAUUGGUGGCACAUUGGACCAAUAUGAAGCAUGCGUUACGGAGCAGCCUCGGCAUACUUACCAUACUAGCGGCAUUGGUCGCCACAUUCUACACGACAGCCUCCGACGCAAUGGUAACACCAAAGCUAAAGUUCGGGAGUUGGGAGCACAGGGAAAUGUCGGGCUAUGUCCGUUCCUCAUACGCCAACUACAAGUUUAUGUCCGAUUCGUGUCGAACCAUGCUGAAGUCAGAGGACGCGGUAGAGUCACCGAGAUCGUGCAGUGAUGUGAUGGUAUCUGGAGAAUCAUACCGGAAUCUGCAAGCCUUCAUGGGUGUCUGGACCGACAUCAACACGAAUGGGUCCUCGAAUAAUAUAUAUAUAAACGACAGACCGCCUGGAAAAGCGACCCUGAACGGCACCACGACACUUCAGGGAUCUUGGAUUGAGACGGAGCAUAGCAACGUGACGGCGCAUUUUGAAAAAACGGGCCGGAUCAUCAACAAUGUCACUCUAGCCAUGCCUCACCCUGGCGUCGCUUUUGCAGCGAUCUCGCCCCAAAACAAAAUCCUGCAACCACGACACCUCGGCGGCGUGGGAGAAUAUUCCGUCAGAGCAGGCGUCGUAUCUCCGGCCAUAAAUGUACUGUGCGUCAACAUGGCGCCGGACGAACUGAAGCCGCUGAUCUACACAGAGUGGCCCAACGCAAAAACAAACCUUACCAAUGACGGAAAGCAGAAGACGGGGUGGGAGAAUUGGACAUCUGAGGUACCUCCCGAUAGCGACAGCAGUGGAAAGCCCAAUUGGCGGAACAAGACGGUCGUGGAUGACAUCUUUCGCUGGGGGGCCAAGUAUGAACGAAGAGCACCGUUCUUCCGAUUAUAUCCAAGCGACUACAGCACGGUGAUAGACACUGGCUUAAAGUCGCCUGAUGCGGUUUACAUCUUGGGCAAGCGUCCCUUAUUUGCGAAUUACACACUGUGUGAACUUCGGUCGUGGGUUUCUCCGAAGUGUUCGACGCGGUUCAACAUUUCCGGAAUCAGUGGAAGUCGGAUGGAAGCCCAUUGCGAAGACCGCAGCGAUGCUAAUAGCUAUUUGCGCUCUUUUCCGGCUGACCAGGCCUGGCCACCCCCGCAAGCAGAUUGGAAGGCGCUUGGUGACCAAUGGCGAACCGCGUCCGACUUGAAUGGCGGCGAGCGCGGCAGCAAAGCUGCCAAUUCGCGCAUCCUGACGCAGCUGGCUCUCAAGACUCCCUCAUUGCCGUCGUACCUUCCUUCUAUAGCGGAGGCCCUGGCUGUGUUUGCCAGCUGUACGCUUGUGCUCGGCUCCGUGGAUACGCCGUUUGUCCAUUUCUGGAAUUACAGUGUGCCGGACAAUAUCAUGGCCGCCCCUGGUGUUCUCCAAGCCUUCCAGGCCUCGGUAAUCACGCAAGAGUAUACGUCUAGCCACAUCCACAGCUGGCAGGCUGGAUUCUAUUCCAUCUUGGGUCUCAUGUGUUUUCUCAACCUGCUGUGUUUACUUUACCUCAUCUUUCACACCAAGUUUGUAACAGACUAUACCGAGUCGCAGAACUUGUUUUCGUUGGCGUUGAACAGUGCGCCGGAUGAUCAUCUCAAGGGCAGCUGCGGAGGAGGGCCCGAGAAGCGAGAUUUGGCGGUGCCGUGGCGGGUAGGCUAUUCACCCGGCACGAACCAUUACUUCAUCGAGCAUGCCACCGGUAACAAACGGUGGAACAAAUUCACCGCCCGCGAGGCUCGCAAUUCCGCCUGGAACAACUUUGACAGGCUCAACAAAAAGCGCUGGUGGCAAUGA